UGAGCUGUGCAGACCACACUCUGAAUAAAGCUUCUCCAAGCUCAGCUGCAGUCAUGAAGUUCCUCGUGGUGCUUGCCCUUGCUGUUUUCACCGCUGGUUGCAAUGCCAACGUUGUGUGGCAAACCCGGCCCAAGCAGCAGCAGGUCGACAUGGUGAAAGAUGCUUUCUGGGACUAUGUUGCCAAGGCAACCACGACUGCAGAGGACUCCCUGAAGCAGAUCAGACAGUCUGAGCUGGGAAGGGAAGUCAACACCCUGAUCUCCGAGAGCACCGGCGCCGUCAACAAGCUCGCCGACGCUCUCCGUACUCAGGUGGCUCCUCUGACCCAGAACCUCAUGACCAAGUUUACCCAGGAGGCCGAGCAGCUUAAGACCCGUCUGGAGAAAGAUCUGUCCGCUUUGGGAACCAGCCUGCAGCCAUACGCCCAGGAGCUGGUCGCUGACCUCCAGAAGCAGGUGGAGGCUCUGAAGAGGGACGCGAAACCCUACGCUCAGACCAUGGACGCCGAGGCCCUGAAGGCCGUCCUGCAGCAGAAGAGCAACGAGCUGCGAGCGAAGUUUGAUAAGAGCGUGAGCGAGCUGCAGGCCCAGAUGGUCCCUUACACCGACGAGAUCAAGGAGAAGAUGGAGCAGAGCCUGGAGGAGUUUCAGAGGAGCAUGAUCCCCAUGGCCGAGAACUUCCAGACCCAGCUGACCCAGAAAACCCAGGAGAUCCAGCAGAACCUGGCCCCAUAUGGCGAGGAGGUGAGGUCCAAGCUGGACGCCGACGUGCAGAUCCUGAAGAGGCAGCUGAACGCUCUGUGGCAGUCCUUCACUAAGAUGGCCCAGUAAACGGACUCACAUCUACCUCAGUUUUUCCUCUUUUAAAUCAGAGAGGUGUGGGACAGAUAAAAAGUGCAAUACCUCAUUUUCUACGUUUUUAUGUUGAUGAAAGGAAUAAUGUCAGUAUUACUGAAAUUGUGUUACAGUUUACAACUAUAAGAUUUCA